AUGGCGAGCGAGCUGAGCUAUCCAGAUGCACGGUUCAUCAUGUUCUCUGACUUUGAUGGCACGAUCACUACAGAGGAUAGCAAUGAUCACAUGACAGACAACCUCGGUAUGGGCGUCACCGAGCGGCGCAAGUACAACGAGGCCAUCUUGAACGGUUCAAUGUCGUUCAGAGACGCAUUCGCGGAAGAGCUUCAGAGCGUAUCUAAGAAUCACUCCUUUCCAGACUGUCAGUCCGUUCUGAAGAAGAACAUUAAGCUUGAUCCGGGCUUCAAGGCUUUCCUCGAUUAUGCCGAUCAGGCUGGCAUACCGGUCGUCAUUGUCUCAAGUGGCAUGGUGCCUAUCAUUCGAUCCAUACUGUCAAAUUUGAUCGGACAGGAGCGAGCAGACAAGCUCGAGAUUGUCGCCAACGAUGUGACGAUCCACAGUGAUAAGUCAUGGGAGAUCAAGUAUCGACAUCCUGACAGUCAUUAUGGUCACGAUAAAUCUCGCGCGCUCCGCCCCUAUGCUGCUCACAAGCCUCGUCCGACCAUCUUCUUCGCUGGCGAUGGCGUAUCAGACCAGUCCGCAGCGGGCGAAUCCGACAUACUCUACGUCAAGAUCGUGCCGGACGGCCAUAACGAUCUGGCCGCUCACUGCCAGAAGAAGGGCGUGCCGUUCGUGCCUUUCUUGGCCUGGGAUCAGAUCCGCGAUUCAGUCAGAGACGUUGUAGACGGCAAAGUCUCGGUCAAGGACGUCCAGGACGGCAAGGCGACCAUCACAGCAGCAGCAGAGGCGCUCCAAAAGGCUCAGGCGAGAUCAUAA